CUCAGAACAAUGCAUAAAAAAUGACGCAGUAUGCGGAGUUUUAAAUGAAAGCAGAUUGAAUUAGUGGAGAAAACUGCAAGCAGGUGCGUAGGCUGAUUCCUACUCUUGGUAUGUGAUCCACUGAGGUUUUCAAGGUCUUCAACAAAAGUCCUAGCUUGAACACAACACAAGGAGAUGAGAGAAUACCAUGUGAAGAUCUCUAGCAGAUGAGGAAUAUUACUAAAGAAGACUCUUUGCACAUACUCCAUCAGAGCAAUGGGUUUUCUACAAGGAUUUCAAGGUACAAAGGAGUUACACCACCCAAAUGUGGAAAACGUGAGGCUAGAUUGGGUCAAUUCCUUGGGAAGAAGCCAAUGAUGAAGCUACCCUAUCGGUCAUCAGAAUCUUGCAACCUGCAAAUCCAUCUGCUUUAUUUUUACCCUAUCAAUCCCAUUUGGUGGAUUCAAGCCUCAAAAGCCAUGAUGGACUUGCCUGUGAUAUUAAAUUUUACAGCAACACAAACUCACAAAGGAUUCAACAUUGUUAGGGUAACACCAAUAACUGGCUAUGUGAAGUUUUAAAUAUCAUGAUAUUGAGGAUUCUCUUCCUUGCAGUUUGCACCCUUUUGAUUUUGAUGAGCGUANUCAUCUGCAUUUUUUGUUUUCCAAUGUUUUCACUGUCCAUAUUUUUUGCUUUCCAAUGUUUCCAAUUUGUUGUUCUCUUUCAUUUUUCAUAGGCCAAUGAUGAAGCUACCCUAUCGGUCAUCAGAAUCUUGCAACCUGCAAAUCCAUCUGCUUUAUUUUUACCCUAUCAAUCCCAUUUGGUGGAUUCAAGCCUCAAAAGCCAUGAUGGACUUGCCUGUGAUAUUAAAUUUUACAGCAACACAAACUCACAAAGGAUUCAACAUUGUUAGGGUAACACCAAUAACUGGCUAUGUGAAGUUUUAAAUAUCAUGAUAUUGAGGAUUCUCUUCCUUGCAGUUUGCACCCUUUUGAUUUUGAUGAGCGUACACAUGUUACUCUAUCUUAAUAUGUGUGAAAUUAAUUAGUUAUUGUAGUGAUUGAAAUUGGAUGGAGGUUGCUUCAAGUUAUCCUUAUGAAGAAUUGUGCGUGAAUGUGUUGGUAUGGUUUUUUGUUAAGUUUCUGUGUGCUUUAACAAAUUUCUAUACUGUGU